ACUUUUACCCACCUCAUCUCCUGCCUUUCCGUCCAAAUUGUUCUCUGCUGUCUCCCGCUGUUUCUUGGGAAACAAACAAAAACAACCAAAACAAACCUAACUCCCUCCCCCUCCCCUCCCGGGGGCUAACUGUUGCGCGUCCUUCCUCAAAUACCUCAUGUUGCCACCCCACAACCGCUCUCUGUUUCUAUAGGAUUCUCUGUUCUUAAAAUUAAAAAAUCAAUCCUUUAGGGGAUCAUCGUAGUUUCUUCGUAUCAUGGGUGCCGAUUUAUCUGUUUUCUUCUCGGGCAUAACUGGGUCUAAUUGUUCCAAUGGGUCUUUGUCUUUGCAAUCGAAACCCAGUUUGGGAGACUUACCUGAGAGCUGUGUAGCCCUGGUUCUGGCCUCCUUGGACCCGCCAGAGAUUUGCAAAUUGGCGAGGCUGAAUCGGGCUUUUCGUGGGGCUUCGUGGGCCGAUUUUCUGUGGGAAUCGAAGUUGCCGUCGAAUUAUCAAGUUCUUGUUAGGAAAGUGUUCGGUGAGUUGCCGGGGGAUUUGGGUAAGCGGGAGAUAUACGCGAGGCUUUGUCAGGCUAAUAGUUUCGAUUGUGAUACCAAGAAAUUUUGGAUGCAUAAAAGUACCGGUGGUGUUUGUUUGUCCAUUGCUUCAAAAGGGUUAUCGAUCACUGGGAUUGAUGAUCGAAGAUAUUGGAGUCAUAUCCCAACGGAAGAAUCUGGAUUUCGCACGGUUGCAUACGUCCAGCAAAUUUGGUGGUUUGAAGUUGAUGGCGAGGUAGAGUUCCCAUUUCCAACGGGGACAUAUAGCCUAUUCUUCAGGCUGCAGCUGGGACAGACAUCCAAGUGGUUUGGUCGCCAAAUUUGUAACACCGAGCAUGUUCACGGAUGGGACAUAAAGCCAGUGCAGUUUCAGCUAUGGACUUCAGAUGGUCAGCAUGCCGCAUCAAAGUGCCUUCUGAAUGUAACAAAAUGGAAAUACUAUCACGUUGGGGAUUUUGUCGUAGAUAAGUCCAACGCAGCAACUAAAAUUAAGUUCUCUAUGACCCAGAUUGAUUGCACGCACACCAAAGGUGGUCUCUGUUUAGAUUCUGUAGUUAUAUACCCAAGUGAAUUUAGGGAGAGGUUGAAGCGUUUUUAAAUUAACCUCUGUAGGUAUGAAGUUGUGUCAUAAAGAGGUAGGAAAAGAAGAGUUCUACAGAUACCAGGUGAUUUUUAUAAGCCUUGAGUUUGUUUGUUUGUUUAUUAGGCGAGGCGAUGUGUAUAUUUAUGUGUUCAAUUGGUCUAAUCAGAGUGUAAAGAUGUGCACUUCAACGGUUUAACAUCUCCUGAAAAGGGCUUCUGGCAUGGAUUUUGUAUAAUAAAGGCUAGCUGAAGUUUGAGUGCCCU